GCCGCGCGGGCUGUGGUGCGAGGGCUGCCUCGCCGCGCGAAAGCCCAGCCGGCCGGGGGCGGGACCGAGGACCCAGGGGUGGGGAAGGCCGGUCUCCCAGAGGCGAAGUGUGUUGUGGACGCUGUGACGCUUCAGCCUACUCUCCGCAGCGCGGGAAUAAAGUUUGUUGAUCCGGUGCCAGCCCCGGAUGCCUGGAUUGCAAGGCCGUGCUGCUGGGGCGCCCACGAGUCCUCCGGCUGAGGGAGAAGACCCGUGGAACUGCCUCUCCUCAGGGGCAUUUUAAAGAUGAAUGAAAAAAAAUUGGAAACAACUCCACAGCAGCGGAAAUUUCCUGAGUGGAUGUCUAUGCAGAAUGAAAGAUGUGCUGUAGAAGAAAGAAAGGCAUCUAUUCAGAAGAGUGUUUUUGAAGAUGACCUCCCCUUCUUAGAAUUCACUGGAUCUAUUGUGUAUAGUUAUGAAGCUAGUGAUUGCUCUUUUCUAUCAGAAGAUAUUAGCAUGAGUCUCUCUGAUGGAGAUGUGGUAGGAUUUGACAUGGAAUGGCCACCAAUAUACAAUAAAGGGAAACUACACAGAGUUGCGCUAAUUCAGUUGUGUGUGUCUGAGAGCAAAUGUUACUUGUUUCAUAUUUCUUCUAUGUCAGUUUUUCCCCAGGGAUUAAAAAUCCUGCUUGAAAAUAAAGCAAUUAAAAAGGCAGGUGUAGGAAUUGAAGGAGAUCAGUGGAAACUUCUUCGUGACUUUGACAUCAAAUUGGAGAGUUUUGUGGAGUUGACAGAUGUUGCCAAUGAAAAGCUGAAAUGUACAGAGACCUGGAGCCUCAAUGGUCUGGUUAAACACCUCUUUGGCAAACAGCUUCUGAAAGACAAGUCUAUCCGCUGUAGCAAUUGGAGUAAUUUUCCUCUCACCGAGGACCAGAAACUGUAUGCAGCCACUGAUGCUUAUGCUGGUUUCAUCAUUUAUCAAAAGUUAGAAAUUUUGGGUGAUGCUGUGCAAGUUUUUGCUGUAAAUAAAGAGAAGGAAAUCCUACCUAGUGACAUGAAGAAACAGUUGACUUCUAUCUCUGAGGAGGUGAUGGAUCUGGCCAAGCAUCUUCCUGACACUUUCAGGAAAUUAGAAAAUCCACAGAGGGUUUCUAUGCUAUUGAAGGAUAUUUCAGAAAAUCUGUACUCACUGAGGAAGAUGAUAUUUGGUUCUGCUCACACUGAGGUAGAACUGAGGACAUUGGAGGAUUCAACAGCUGGUGUAGUACAACAGGAACAAACUAGAGAACAUAAAAUUUUUACUGGAGUUAAAGAUGAGACAGGAGACACAACACUUGAUAAUUUAGUUAAACAUGAUGGAGAAGAUGUACUUGGAAAUAAAGUGAAACAAGAAGAUGAAUUUGAAGAUGGAAUAGAAGACAAUAAGUUGAAAGAAAAUGCAGAAAGAAUUUGUUUGAUGUCACUAGAUAUUACAGAAUAUGAACUCCAAAUUUUGGAACAGCAAGCUCAGGAAAAAACUCUUAGUGAUGUUACUUACAAAUCUGCUGAGCAUUUAUCUCCCAAGGAUAAUGAAGAGGAUGCAUCUUAUGUAAUUGAAAGUGAUGAAGAUUUAGAAAUGGAGAUGCUUAAGUCUUUAGAAAACCUAAAUAGUGGCAUGGUAGAACCAAUUCAUUCCAAAUGCUUAGAAAUGGAAAGAAAUCUGGGUCUUCCUGCUGAAGAAGAUGAAGAUGACCAUGAAGCUGUUGAGGAGGAAGAAGAUGAGGACUGUUCGUUGCCAGGACCCAAUGAAAAGCAAAUUAUUUGCCUUAAGACUUACUUUGGCCAUUCCAGUUUUAAACCAGUUCAGUGGAAAGUGAUUCAUUCUGUAUUGGAAGAAAGAAGAGAUAAUGUUGUUGUCAUGGCAACUGGAUAUGGAAAGAGUUUGUGUUUCCAGUAUCCACCUGUUUAUGUAGGCAAAAUUGGUGUUGUCAUCUCUCCUCUUAUUUCUUUGAUGGAAGACCAAGUGCUCCAGCUUGAAAUGUCCAACAUUCCAGCUUGUUUCCUUGGAUCAGCACAGUCAAAAGUUGUUCUAGAGGAUAUUAGAUUAGGCAAAUAUCGGAUUGUAUACAUCACUCCAGAAUUUUGUUCACAUAACUUGGACCUACUCCAGCAACUUGAGGCUAAUAUUGGGAUCACACUUAUCGCUGUGGAUGAGGCUCACUGCAUUUCUGAGUGGGGGCAUGAUUUUAGAAAUUCGUUCAGGACCUUGGGCUCCUUAAAGACAGCACUCCCGUUGGUUCCAAUUGUUGCACUCACUGCUACUGCAAGUUCUUCAAUCCGGGAAGAUAUUGUACAUUGCUUAAAGCUGAAGAAUCCUCAGAUUACCUGUACUAGUUUUGAUCGACCAAAUCUGUAUUUAGAUGUUGGACGAAAAACAGGGAAUAUACUUCAGGAUCUGAAGCAAUUUCUUGUUGAAAAGACAAGUUCUGAUUGGGAAUUUGAAGGUCCGACUAUCGUCUAUUGUCCUUCCAGAAAAAUGACAGAACAAAUUACAGCUGAACUUAGGAAACUGAAUGUAGCCUGUGAAACAUACCAUGCAGGCAUGAGUUUUAACAAAAGGAAACAGACUCAUCAUAGGUUCAUGAGAGAUGAAAUUCAGUGUGUCAUAGCUACCAUAGCUUUUGGAAUGGGCAUUAAUAAAGCUGAUAUUCGCAAAGUCAUUCAUUAUGGUGCUCCUAAGGAAAUGGAAUCAUAUUACCAGGAGAUUGGUAGAGCUGGCCGUGAUGGACUUCAGAGUUCUUGUCACUUACUCUGGGCUCCGGCAGACAUUAACUUAAUUAGGUACCGCCUUUUUAAAAUAGAAAAUGAAAAAUUUCGAUUAUACAAAUUAAGGAUGAUGGCAAAGAUGGAAAAAUAUCUUCAUUCCAGCAGAUGUAGGCGGGAAAUCAUCUUGUCUCAUUUUGAGGACAAACAUGUACGAAAAGCCUCCUUGGGUAUAAUGGGAACUGAAAAAUGCUGUGAUAAUUGCAGGUCCAGAUUGGGUCAUUGCUAUUCCUUCGAUGACUCAGAAAACACAUCCCAGGAUUUUGGUCCACAAGCAUUUCAGCUGUUAUCUGCUGUGCGCAUCUUAGGUGAAAAGUUUGGAAUUAAGGCUCCAAUUUUAUUUCUCCGAGGAUCUAAUUCUCGGCAUCUUCCAGAUAAAUAUCGCAGUCAUAGUUUCUUUGGUGCUGGCAAGGAUCGAACAGAGAGUUGGUGGAAGGCUCUUUCUCAUCAGCUUGUUACUGAGGGAUUCUUGAUACAAGUUCCUGGAUAUAGCAAAUUUACAAAGAUUUGCACCCUUACAAAAAAGGGCAGAGAUUGGCUUGAUAAAGCUAAUACGGAAUCUCCUCAGACACUUAUCCUUCAAGCUAAUGAAGAAUUGUAUCCAAAGAAUGUUCCUCUGCCAAGUUCUAAAACUAUAUCUUUGGGCAUUGAACAGCAUUCCUCUAAUCAAGUACCAAUUGAAUUAACUGCGGAGAAGGUUUGUUUUAAAGAGUCUAACUUGGAGAAGAUGUAUUCUUACAAUGCAUUUGAUAAGAUUUCUUCUGGGAGUGACAUUCCUAAAAAAAGUAUCAUGGUGCAAUCACCAGGAAAGUGUUACAGUUCCUCAAAACCUGUUAGUUCAGCCCAGGAGCAGGAGACUCAGACUACAUUAUAUGGCAAAUUGGUAGAAGCUAGGCAGAAACAUGCCAGUAAAAUGGAUGUUCCACCAGCUAUUCUGGCAACAAAUAAGAUACUGCUAGAUAUGGCCAAAAUAAGACCAACUACGGUUGAAAAUGUAAAAAGGAUUGAUGGUAUUUCUGAAGGCAAAGCUACUAUGUUGGCGCCUUUGUUGGAAGUCAUCAAACAUUUCUGCCAAGUAAAUAGUGUUCAGACAGACCUCUUUGCAAGUACAAAACCUCAAGAAGAACAGAAAAGUCUGGUGGUGAAAAAUAAAUGUUCACUUUCACAGUCUGUGGCCAUCACUUAUUCUUUAUUCCAAGAAAAGAAAAUGUCUUUGAAGAGCAUAGCUGACAACAGGAUUCUGCCUCUCACUACAGUUGGCAUGCACUUAUCCCAAGCGGUGAAAGCUGGCUACCCCCUUGAUGUGGAGCGAGCAGGCCUGACUCCAGAGGUUCAGAAGAUUAUUGCUGAUGUUAUCCGAAACCCUACCAUCAACUCAGAUAAGAAUAAAAUUGAACUAAUUAGAAUGUUAGUUCCUGAAAACAUUGAAAGUUACCUUAUCAACAUGGCAAUUGAGAUCCUUAAAAAUGAUCAUGACAGCAGACUGUUAUGCCAAACUUCAAGUGAUUCCAACAAAAAGAGAUGUUUCCCCAACUCUGAAGAGAGCUGUUCAAGUUCUAAGAGAAGCAAGGAAGAAGUAGGCACUACCACCAAGGUUGAUGGAAAACAUCCUGGUAAUUUUUCAUCAAAAGAAGAAAGUGACAGAAAUCCACUACAACUACCUUCUUGGAAUGAGCCAUUCAACAAUCCAGAAAUAGAGGAUUUAUUUACUGAUUCUCAUUCACAGACUUCAUCUGAAACCUCAAAGAGAAAAUUACCUGAAUGGUUUGCCAAAGGAAAUGAGACCUUAGCUGAAACCAGUGAGAAAUCAAUAGCCAAAACGAAAAAGAAAGGUCUUUUUAGUUAAGUUGGCAGUUACCAGAAAGAUUAUGUAGAUCUUUCUAUAUCAUAAGAGGAGAGCUAUAUUUCAUUUCUGAAAAGAAUGAGGAGUAGUAUUUCAGUUUAAAAAUUAUUCUAAUCCCAAAAUAAAGCACCCGUUUAUCGAAGGACUGGCAUCUUAAAUCAGCAUUCUGCAAUUCAUGUAAAGUACUUGGGUCAGGCUGGCCGGUUAGCUCAGCUGGGUACAGCAUGGUGCUGAUAACACCACAGUCAAGGGAUCGAUCCCUGUAUGAGCCAGCUGCGAAACGAAAAAAAUGUAUUUGGAUCUUCUGAGAACCUAAGUGACUAAAUAGGAUAUUAAAUUAGAUUUCCUUUCAGAUUGCUUUAAGAAACUGUAUUACUGCCCUGUUUUCUAAUCUUUUAUUUAUU